CAACAACCCACCCCUUAUCCUCUAGCUCAAAAAAAAAAAAAACCGGAAGUCCUGCUGAAACUUACAUAAUUGAAUAAGUGCUGUGUGUCGCUUUUUCUGUCGUUUUGGGUGGUGUUGAAGAUUGCCCGAUGAAACGCCCCCGGGGGGAGAGCCGAGCAAACGUUUGAACAAACUGUUAAGUGGAAACCCAACAACGGCGGUGAUGCAGCUGAAGUGGAGCUGAAGAAGAAGCCGAACCAUCCGGCUGCGAUCGGCGAGCGAGUGGAAAAGGCUCGAAAGGCGGUGACGGCGGCCCAUAAAUUGUGCUAUUGACAGUCCGCAGUGCCGGCCGGAAAAAUCUCAACGGAAGACGCGCCGUUUGGAAGUCCCGUGGGGGAGUAAAUUUUGUGAAGUGUAAUUUGAUGAACCUCGCUGUUCGUAGAGAAUACUACUGCUAACUACCUUCCUUACUACUGAGAAAUGGUGCCAGCGGAUAUUGGGUGUGUAACGGGAUCUAAUUAUCCCUAAUGGAAUGGGUUUUACGUUAUUGUAAAAUAAUCGGAAGUUAUGUGCCCGCGGUCGGUGGGAAGUUACGAUUUGGAUAAACCAUCAAUUUGAGACGGGAUUCCCAAAGUUACGAUGGAAGAUAAUUUGAUGAGCUGAUGUGUGUGUGUGGAUGAUAAAGCGCCCAAGGAUAAGUAAUCGUUGAUGGGAAAAGUCAUUAAAAAUAGAUUAAAGUGAACUCUGAGCCGAGACAGUGAAGGAGUGCUGUUUCAAGUGUGUGUUACCUUGUGAACUGAAAUAUUUGCUUUCGAGUUUUGAAAACGCUGACACCUUUUAGAUAAGAAGAUGCUUUUCUGUGUUCCAACUGCUUAUGAUGGCGAAGCCGUGUUUAACGAAGCUAUGCAUAUCCAGAAAUAAACAAAAGUCCAAACCCCAGAAAAACCAGUAAACUGAAAUCCCACCGCAGUGCUGCCAGGGGACGAUCCCUUUGGCCAAGUGCCCAGCCAGCAUCAGAACCGCGGGCGUCAUGCUAUGGGUAUGAACAUGUACAACCGAAAUGACGCAACAGCAGCUGGACAACGUUCGCGGUUCGAUUACUACUACUCGACGUCAUCACAGGCAUCAUCGGUGGAAAAUCAAAGAUACCAUGACCAGACGAGCCUUUUUGGGGAUCCGGUGCUGGCCCAGGCCGGCCAAAGGCAUCCGGAUCUCCUGGAGGGAGGGGAUCUGUACCAGAAUCUCAAGAACAACAUCGAGCUGUACCACUCGAAGCUGUACAAUGAACAGGAAACGGCCCGGCAAGCGGAACGGGAUCGACUGUUCAAUGAAUUUACCAACAACAAUAUUGGCAGCAAGGGAAGGACGACGACGAUGGCGAACAUUUCCUCAACCACGGCGUCGUCAGCGGCAACCACAACAAGUGGAAGCAGCGAUGGUGCAGCGGUGGGAGGUCCCAAGGGGUCCAUCGGCAGUGCUAUGACCAGCAGCUAUGCCGGGGAACCUGCUACUCGCCGAUAUUCCCGGGUACAUUCAGCAGCCAACAUUGGCCUGAACAUUACCGGUCCAAGAAACCCACUGGCCGAUAUGGACCUGCUGAAGCACAACGAUUGGAUCAAUUUCUCCGACUACGAGUACCAGAACAGUUUGAUCCCGAAGACGACGAUGGCUGUGGCCGAGGUGCAACAGUUUGCCAACAACAACCUGAACAAACCGAUCGAGAACGGAGUCUUUCAGAAUCCUCGGCUUAACGCGCUGAAUGCUCCUCGGCAGACGGCAACGACACGAUCCCGGCGCAAUUCGAUGAGCGACAAUCUGUACGCCGCCUCGACGACCAGCCUGGGAGGAUUUGAGUCGUUGGAUAAUUUUAAGAACUCUCCUUUUACCGUUUUGGGAGGAGAGCCGAACUACCUCACCCUGGGAGCAACUGGGCUUCAACCCGAUUCCACCGUCGAUGCCAUGAGUGAGUACGAGAGGGUGUUGCAGCUGAACAGAUCUGGUGCCACGACCCCGAUUCUGAAGGACAAGAUCACGACCGGGUCUAAUUUUAGAGUCUCCGAAGCACGCCAACAGAAGCAACGAGCCUUCACCAUUAUCAGCGAAAGUCUGCCCAAAUCGCACUCAUUCGAUGUUUCAUCGGGAUACCAGCCAUAUCCAAUCAGGCACCCUCUGGGAGCUCCCAGGAUAUUAUCUGCCAGCUCUCUGGGCAACAACACCUUCUACGAGAAGGGAGCGAACAGUUUAAAACCACCAAUGGAAGAUAGUUUUCUAGCGUAUCAGCGCCGAUAUUCCGAAGUAUCGCUAGCGUCGAGCGCCAAGCGGAAAAAGGGCAAAGGAGUGAAGAAAGGUGCAAAAUCGAAAAACAAGAAAUCCGACGGCCACGGAGAAUCGGUCGAAACGUUGCCCAAUCCCAGACGUUCGCACCGAGGUGUCCUGGGAGUGUUCAAUAAGCUUAGAAUCUCGCCUGGCAAGCAGAUGCAUGCCAAAAGUGCCAAACUUAAUGUACCCGGAGCGUCCGAUGAAGGCGGAUCGACGACCCCGACCAAUAGUGAAUCUACCGAACAAGCGGAUAUUCCCCACCACCAGAUGAAGAAUAUGAAGCUGUUCUCAUUUAAACCAUUCUCAGGAAGACCGAUGCUUUCGCCAGUACCGGACAAAAGUUCAAUGGAGAACUCGGUAGCAGACUUGAACGAAGCAUCUCCUGCCAAGGGCAAAAGCGGCUCACCAACCAAAGAGUCAAAAUCAAAGCUGAGGACACCAGUGUUCAACAUUCGAGGUUUGCUGUCGCCUGGUCGAUCGAAAAACAAAGAUGGUUCCCCGGAGAAAACUCACAAGAUCAUGGGUGGAAUCGCAACAACCGCUGCGGCAGCCGUUGCUGCAGGAACUGCCGGACCUACCGCUGGAACAUCAACUGGAGCAGCUUCGGCAGCAGCAGGUGCGAGUACAGCGGCAGCAGUGGCAGCUGCCGCCAAACAAGCAGAUGGCAAAGCAGCCGAAGAAGUACCAAAGAGAAGAGGCUUCAGUCUUGCAAGGGCUAUAAUAGAUUACGGCAAGAAGCAGGAUGUUGUCGAGGAGAAAAAACCGGAAGAACCUGUGGGCAAAGGUAGACCCGAUGGAAGACGGGAGCGCAAGCGAAACGAUUCCGAAGGGAACGGAGUGAAAACCACCAAAAAGAAGGGUAAAGUGAAAGCGAAAGCCAAAUCGAAGAAAACGAACGCACGCGAUGACUACGACGAUUACUACUACGAAGAUGAGAAACCGGAGAAGUCACGAAGCAAAGGUGGAAUGCUUCGAAGUUUGGCAUCGAACUUCUCUUCGAAAGGUAACAGUAGUAGCAAGAGGGGAGCACAGAAAACACCUACCAAAGCGGAACGUGCAAGUAGUGGAAAACGAGUUCAAAAAAGUUCUGCCACACCUAGCGGACGAGUAGGAACCAGAGGCAACAACGCAGUCGCAACAACGAAAAGUGGAAAAGCUAGCGAGCGAACGUCGUCCAGGGCCGCUCCAGAGAAGAGUGCGAAAGGAAGAGAUCGGUCUGAUCUCAAAUCGGCAGUUGGACCUCGAGGGAGAAUGUUGCGUCGAACGAGCUCAGCGAGUGCCAUCAACGUCGAGAGUGCUCGGAAAGGUGGACGUCUGUACGAAAAGAACGCAAAAGCCUCGGAUCGAAAUGGGAAAAUGUUGAAAGGAGCCGACAAGAAGACUCGACAAUCAACCGAUAGCUUGCUGAAGAAAAGCGACAGCAAAGGGGAACUGAAGCAAAAGACUGGAUCAGCUAAGUCGGGUAGCGCCAAGGAAAUUGAAAAGCGUGACUCCGAGAAAUCUCUCAAGAAAACGGACAGCAACAAAUCAAUCCUGAAGGCAAACAAAAGCGAUUCGAAGUCCUCUCUGUUUGGCAAGCGAUCAGACUCCAAAACUAGCUUGCAUCUCAUAGAUGCACAAGGUUCAACGACGAAAAUUGAUCCCAUGGGAAGUGUUAAAGAUGUACGAGGAUCGGUGACGGAUCUGGGCAGAAGUCCCCUUAACACUCUGGAGGAAGUGGCCGUAGAAACUCCACCGGCCAAAGCUGGCAAGGCCACACCCAAUAAGCUGCAGAGUAAAGGAUCUCUUCUAAGUUUGCUCAGCAUGAGAAGUCGAAAGCAGGUGGACCCAGAAAAAGGAGACCAAUCCAAUAAACCAGAUUCUAGACCCGGAACGGGUAAAUCGGGACGGUUGAGUCGAAUGAACUCGGCAUCAACGCGAAACGUGAACGAAAAGCCAGGCACUCCCGGAGGCAAGGAUCAAGAGUUCGGUUCCCGGGCCAGCAUCCGAGAGAAGCCGGGCAGCGUUAAGCCGGCUCGCAAAAACCUGAGCAAAAAUAACAGUGUGCUUUCGAUCAAAAGUGUAGCUCACGCGCGUUCCUUUACCAACAUUCGGCCGGCCUCUCGUGAGAAUAGCGAUCUCAAGAAGAACGAAGCGAUGACCAAGGUGCAGGAAGGCUCUCAGGAGCAUGAGGACGCGGAAGGCGGGGCUGCAGGUGGAACGACGGCAUCGGCAACCCACACGAUGAAGGUGACCGGAGACGGGGAGGGUCAGAAGGUGUCCAACGAGUACAACGAGAAGCAAGCGCAGUCCCCGGAGCUGGGAGUGGACGGGAUGCAGGAGAAUCAAUCAAGUGCCAAUACUGACUCCAUGAUGAUGCAGCAUCAUCAGGAGGCAGACGAUAGGUGA